AAGAAAACUGAAGCCAUCUGGAUUCCGAAGAACACUGGGUCAGUCAGAAUUGAACACCCAUCACUCCCCAAAAUGAGGAGGAAGAGAAGAAAAGCAUAUAGAAAAUGGAAAAUGCUGAAUGCCACAGCAUGUACUUCUCAGCCAUCUGGUCAAGCAGGUCAAAAAACCCACAAAGAUCUUGACAAGGAAGUAAAAGGAAGCACUUCAGAGACUGUGUUUCAUCCGGCUAGGACGUUAGGGAAAUCUAAGGGAAGUGGCAAUGAACCUACAUCUGCUUCUAUGGAUGGAAAACAGAAUUCCUCUCUUCUCCCUAAAGAUAAGAAACAAUCUUCAUCUGACAGCAAAAUACACAGCAGGAAGGAAAAUGAUGUUCCUUCGUUGGCUGUCUCCCAUCAGCUAGAGAACAUCUUACCAAUGGUCAUGUUUAAUGACUCUGAAAAAUCGUUAUCAGGAAAAAUUAUUCUACGGGAUUGCCCAAGCACAGUAGAAGCUUUUAAACCUGCAAAAGGAAAAUUUAUUACAGAAGUCAACUGUAGGGCUUUCAAUGUGCAAGUAGAAAUCAAUAAAAGCAUUUUCUGUAAAACAGCUGCACAAUUCCCAACAAAAAAGAGAUGUCCAACAUGUCAGCAGCAUUACUCCAUCAGGCGCAUUAGGAGAUGCUACACGUGUAAGCGCUGCUUUCCGAAAUACAAGAAUAUCUCAGAAGAAGUUUUAAAACCUGAGGUGCCAUUUGAAAAUGAACAAAAAAUUGCCAGAACUGAGAGCCCUUCUCUGAAAGUAAGCAUUGUAGAAAAAGAAAUAAAGGUCAAAUAUAUGAGUAAGAAACAGAAUAUAUUGAUUAAUAUAAUUCUUCCCAAAAGAAGGAGGAAAAUAAUGAAGUCCAUGUACACAUCCUCCAGUCACAACACUAGAGAAACUUCCAGGUCCUCUCCACCAAUUUGUACUAACCACCUUGAAAACCAGCAGCUCAAAAGCAAGCACCAGUAUUUAGGUUGUUCUCAUUCCUCUCUUCCCAUUGUGUUUGCUCUCCCAGAGGAGAAUUCUGACACUGAUGUUGUUGCUCCGACCUCACGUCUCAAGAGAGAGAGAAAUAAGCCCAAUACACAUUCUUCUGUCUCAGACCAUAUGCAGGGAAAAUCUGCCAUAUCUCAGCAGAAGGUCUAUAAAAGUAAUCAGGACACUCCAAAAAGGAAACAUUCCCCUGUAGCUGGCACUGUUCUGGAAAAUAUUCCUGCUACUUCCUGUGACAUCCUGAAGACUACAAGUUUAAGUAAUACAGAUUUAAAUAAAAUGCCUUUUGAGGACACUAAGGAUGUGCCUACAGAGAGACGCAGCAGCUCUGAUGUCCAAGAAAUCAUCACAUCUGACUUGAAUGUACAACCAGCCACAGAAAGAACAGACUAUUUCCAAAAUUGUGUUACCAGCAAUACUGCUCCCAUGCAAGAUGACUCAUAUUCUGAUUUCUGCUCUCUGUCUUUUCUGAGCAAGCAGCUCAUAGGAGAAAAAGCAGACAGCAUCUAUUGUAAAGACAAUAAAACGCCACCUACUGAAGACAGUGAGAAUACAAAUUCUCUAUCUAUCCCUUUCAGUCAAAAUGAUAUACAAUGUUUUACCUCAGUCAGCCCAUCUCACUGGAUCACUAGACAUUUAGAACCUAUAGAGACCUCUGGUAAAACAUUUUCCUUUACCCAGUGUCCUGAAUUUAUGGUUGGCUGUGAGAAAAGCCAUGGUGAUAUAGCAGGCAAAGACAUUACUAGCAAAACCCUUAUACAUGGUGACUCUUACGGAAGCACACAGCAGCCAUUGGAAAGGAAAAGAACCCAAAGCCCAAUGCUCAGGCCUGCCUCCUCUAGCAGCCAUGGGAGCCCACUGCAUCACAUUAGCCCUGGCACUGUGGAAUGGAAUCAAACAGAGAUCCAGAUAAAUCAUCUAGAGAUAGAAACCCCCAGAACAAUAGAAGUACCAGUCAUGGCCUGUGAAACUGAUGAAUUCGAGCAGAGAUUAAUUACGCAAAAUGAUAAAGAAGGCAUAAAUGACUUUAAUUGCCCUGUGGGAAUGAGAAACCCUACUGAGUCACUUCAUUCUCUGGAAAAGGUUGAAAACCCAUGGCAAAUAUUACCAGUGGUAAAGAAUAAAGAAUUUGAAGAACCAACCAGGGUAAACCAUAUAGAAGGCACUACUGAGUCCAGCUGUGCAGUAUGUGUUAGAGAAAAGCUCUUUCUAAUUGAGAAAACACUAACCAGUGGUGCAGGUCAGUGUGAGAACCAAAAUGAUAAAAGCCUUACAUUAACCAAUUCGCAACCAGAGCCUGCAGAAUUCCAAAGGACUGCAUCAAUAAGACCGAAUUCUGAAGAAAACAAAAAUGACUCAGAUGAAAUUUUCUAUCACCACAUUGACAUAUUGCUUUCAACCCCAAAGCAGAAGGCUUUGAAAGAUCAGAACUUGGAAAUCAGUAGCCUCCGAAAGUUAUCACAGGAAUUCACUCUCAAAAGUGGAAGAGGAAGUGAUGGUUCCCAGGAAGAAGCAAUAGACCAGUGGGCCAGGAGGAGGCAACAAUUCAAGGAUGGCAAGAGAUGCAGUUCAACAGGGGGCAGUUCCUUUGCCAGCAACAUCACUGAAGGAUCCAUCACGUCAGAUGAUGGUCGUUCUAUGGAUUUUGGCUCUCGGGUUGAUAUUCAAGACAAAGGAUUCUACACAGAGAAUUUUCAUUCCGCAGCAUGGGUUUUCAGAGGGGAUGAUGGGAAUCCUGAAGAUAGUCCCAGAUGUCUGAGUAAAAAACCACGACCAACAGCGGUUCGUGAGCGAACCGUGAGACUAUUCAAAGGAACUGGAGAUUAUCCCUGGGGAUUCCGAAUUCAGUUCUCCAAACCAAUCGUGGUAACUGAAGUAGAUACCAACAGUGCUGCGGAGGAAGCCGGGCUCCAGAUUGGAGAUGUGGUGCUCUCUGUCAAUGGCACGGAGGUCACCAGUGCAGAGCAUGCAGAAGCGGUGCACCUUGCAAGGAAAGGUCCAGACAUCCUGACUCUGGUGGUGGGAUCUGACAUCAGCCGCUGCCCCAACACACCUUGGCCCACCUGCCGUGGCUACCUGCAUAAGAGGACUCAUUCUGGCUUCCUGAAGGGUUGGAGGAAGAGGUGGUUUGUGCUGAAACAUGAUGGUUGCCUCCACUACUACAAACAUAAAAAGGAUGAAGGAAAAUGGCCACCUCUAGAGGUAAUAAAAUUAGAAGGAGCAGAAGUUAGCAUUGAUAGCAGCUUGGGGAAACCUUUCGUGUUUAACUGUGUUCCUCAGUCUGGAAGUAGAAUGUUUUGCCUCUGUGCAACCUCAAACCAAGAAAUGAAAAGGUGGCUUGAAGCAAUGGACAAAGCAGCCCAUCCUAUUCACCAGAAUCACGUCUGGGAAGAUGUUACUGCUCACAACAGCAACCUCCCACCCUUGGCUAUCAAAAAUCCAGAGUGUCUGGGCCUUCUGCACCGGCUGGAUAGAAACACAGACACAUGGGUCCAACACUAUUGCAUUCUCAAGGAUGGCUGCUUGUAUUUCUAUGCCAGCAUUCGUUCCACCCAGGCCUCAGGAGGCCUAUAUCUCCAUGGUUAUAGGGUCAGUGAACAAACUCAUGGCUUCAAACAAGCGGUAAUUGAACUCAAACCCUCAUCAGAAGAGUUCAAGACUUUUUAUUUCUGUGCAGAAAAUGAAACCGAAAACCAGCGCUGGAUUACAGCUCUGAAGGCAUCUAUCAAAAAAUGGCUUCCUUUGCAUGAGGCUAUUCAGGACUUCAUGAAUCGACCUCUAGAGGAGACCAGAAUGUGAAAGAGAAAGGCUCC